CCUAUAAAAACACCUCAUCAGUUGUGCCUGCAUGUGUUCCUGCACUUACCAAUAAAUAACCAAACACGAAUCAACUCGUAGAUUUUAACUCUGAUCAGUGAGCCAGACCACCGGUGAAAAUGUCUGUGAAGAUCCUCUCCAUCACUCUCCUCCUGCUCUCAACAUGUGUGUGCUGCCACUCCUCUGAAGAUACUCAUGGUCGUGGACCUGGAAGUACACCACCGUGCUGUGUUGACAUCACCAAAGACAAUAAGAGAGGUGACGUGGUGGGGGAAACGUAUCGUGAGCAGGCUGCAAGACCACCCUGUGUGAAGGCUAUAAUUUUUAACACAAAAGAUGGAAAACAACUUUGUGCUGAUCCAGAUGCUCAGUGGGUCAAAGAUCUCACUGCCAAAAUGAAGAAGGUGUGAAGUCUGUCUGCUGCAUCAGUAUUUCCAGUAUUUCCAUCACCAUUAAAGGCUUAUUCAAACCAGAGCGCUUUCUCAGCCUAUCUUGAAACUUUUUUUGCAUUUGUAGAUUAAUUUUUACUCUUACCUGUGGAGUAACCCUGUAUUUUAUUCAUGCUGUUGACUUCAUUGUUUUUUAAUUCAUCAUUGGGGUUCUGGUUUUAUUUGUCUUUUUUUGUGUGUGUUUUUUGCUUAUUUGUGAAUCUCUUUCUGUGCAUUAUGUGUUUAUGUGAAGCACAAUGUGGCUGUGAAAAACAAUAUAAAAAUAAACUUUUGUAUUAUUGAGCAAAUA